GCAUAGCCACACUACUUUUUGCCUAUCCAUGAACAUCGCCUACUGUCGAUUGUCUGCAGCGCAUUGCACGACACAAAGAUAUACUGUCGUAGCCAAAUAUGUUCCAUCAACCCUACAAUGUCUGAACAUCCUACCCGUCUUCACUACUUGCAGAACUUUCCUCUCCGAGAAAACCACGAUCAGCGUUAGGAGCAGAAGCAUCAUCAUGCAAACCCGAUGUUUGGUUCCUGUCGUACACAUCCGAACACCCAAACACUUCAUCUCUUCGUCAUUCGUAUAUGUCUCGCAGCCCAAUCUUUCAGUCCUCUCUAACACAAAACCUCAUGGGAAGGAUCAAACUCUAAGAACACUUCUAGUAGCCUGAUUACCCUUUCGAUCCCACAGCGGAUACGCAGCUACUACCGCUGUAUCCUUGUAUCAUGUUACGAACUGCCCCACGCACAGUUCUCGAUAAUUUUCUUUCCGUGGGAAACAAAGCGACGAGAACAAUUGAACAAAUUCAGAGACCCGACACUACUUAUAGUUGAUAGCGCGCCGUUUUCUCCACGCAUAAUUAACGCCAGCGCCAGAAGCAGUGCAAAUUGCUUGUCGAAACGCUA